GAUAUCUACGUUUGCCAGUUUUAUAUUAAAGAAAAAUCUUACAUGUUAAUGUACUCGUAUUAUGUCAUUCAAUGGAGACAGACAUUUUUCUUGACGUGAAUAGUUCAGUCUGAUUUUAUUCUUUCGCCAUGAAAUUAAUUUUGCUCGUCGUUUGUGGUUUGGCGUUUUUUAAAAGUUUUGUUUUCAGUGUCAGUGAAAAAAACCUCCAGCAAUACAUAACCAAAUCACUUAAAGGAUUCAAAAAUGUUAUGUUGAAAGGAGACGAAGAUCUGAAUUAUCCUAUCAUGGAACCUUACAAAAUAGGAAACUAUACCUGGGAUUUUAUAGAUACAUCUGGAAGUAACAAGCACAGCCUGAAAACUAGUUUUGAUCAAUGCACUUUACAAGGACUUUCCAAUUAUAAUAUAAAUCGAGUAACAGUGAGCGGUAAAGAUAUACGAUUCAAUUUCGGCCUUACUUUCUCCAAUUUAGAAACAAAAAUUCCUUACAAAUUAGAUGGAUACAUAUUCAAAGGCAUCAUGCCUGUUUAUGGCGAAGGCCUUCUCAAGCUCUCUACUCCUGCGCAACAGUUUUAUGUUUCAAUUGAUUUGGGUAUCGAGAAAGGAUUCAUUGUGCUUGAAUCUUUACAUCUUCAUAGAUACAAUAACGACAUAAAUGUCAAAGUCACUGGUCUGAUGGAUCUACCGAAUAAAUUCGCUGGCUACGCACUGGAUGACAUUUUGGACAAUAUUGUGAAGGAGUAUCGUGAUAAGGCAUUGCAAAACUACAUGAGUGAUCUCAUCGAAGAGAUUAUUGGUGGAAUGACCAUGGAUGAGAUUUUCAAAUUUCUCGAUCAUUUCGUUAAGAAGUGUGAUGAAAAAUGAAUGAAUUUCCGGAAAAUAUGUUUGUUUGUGGAAACAAAUUAAUGUUGAAAUUAGAUAGGUACCUACCUAUGCAAAAGAUUGAACGCAUAAUUUUAUAGUCAUAUGUUUGAGCUACAAAUUUCAAACAAAAAUAAGUAUAAGUACCUAUUUUGUAAAAUUAAAACAUGAAAAAG